AUGGCACCAGGUCCAAAGACAGGCCCUGCGCUAUUUCUCGGACUUGAACUUGCUACCGAUCAAUUGCGCGCUUCGAUCGUGGAUGAGAGCUUGGAGCUUGUGGGAGUAGAAUGCGUUGAUUUUGACACCGAAUUACCUGAAUAUCAAACUCAAGGAGGGAUUUUUACUACUCCAGGAGAUGCAUACACCACGCCCGUAGAUAUGUGGGUCAAGGCUCUUGACUUUUUACUGGAAAAAUUGACUAGGAAUCACGAUCUAACGAGAAUAAAAUCAAUUGGCGGUUGUGCUCAGCAUGCUCUCGUGUGGUGGAAAUCGACACCUAUUCCUUCAUUUCCAGCGCUGGACCCGCGACUCCCGUUUCACUCUCAACUUCCUCCCAACACUUUCUCAUUACCGAAUACACCAGUCGCUCAGGAUACAUCCGCACACACCCAUGCCCUCGCCCUCGAAGCCCUACUUGGGGGGCCAGACCUCAUGGCCGCUCGCGUCGGCACAUGCGCUAACGCAUCACUCUUAGCUGCCCAACUCCUCCGAGUUCGCGAAUCGUGGACAUCUGAUGUCUGGUCACGAACGGGGAAGAUACAGCUUGCCAGCCAAUUUCUUGCAAGUAUGGUCGUGGGGGAGUGGGUAAAUAUGGGAGAGUCAGAGGCCUGCGCGACCGGUAUGUGGGUGCAUGUCAGUGCUGGUGCUGGCACACAAGGUGCGCCUGGACUGGGCCGCUGGGACGAGGGUGUUUUGGAGAUCGUAGGUGGGAGUCGGGAAGAAGGUCGGAGAAUCCGAACAUGGCUGGGCGACGUGGAGGUCGCUAGUGGGAGAAAAGUGGCCCAUAUCUCGCGAUACCUAUGUGAACGAUACGGAUUCGAAUCCGAUACGAUCGUCACUCCCUUCACUUCUGAUUACCUUUCCUCAUACCUAUCUCUCUGUCCAUCUCCUGGAGAUGCAGUGCUUUCAUUUGGACCAAUGGAUACCCUUAUUACUCCUGCUCAACAUUACCUACCAACUCGACUUUACAGCCUAUUCCCCCAUCCUGCUCAGGAUGCCAGCGAAAAGCGACGAUACAUCGCCAUGUUGAGCAGCAGAAACGCUGACGUUCCGCGUGCUCUUGUAAGAGAUAUGUACACCAAGAGUUGGAGUGCGUUUGAUCGGCUAGUUGCCAUCGUGCCACCUGGUGGAUCCAUAGGGCUCGAUGAUAAGCUCUUCAGUUUUUGGCUUCUACAGGGCGACAGUUACCCACUAUCACACGUCAAAGGCAUCUAUCGCUUUGAGACUGGUAUCAAAGUCAACGAGUUCCGAGACCUUCGUGCAAACCCUCGGUGUCUUCUAGAGAGCCAGGUCCUCUCAUUCCGCUUUCGAUGGUCAAAGAUGAUUGCUACCGGUGUUCUUGGUUCGAAUAACAACCGGUCUCGGGGGAACGUUGCCCAGACACCUGGUCCUACAUCGCCACAAGGGCAGAAUCCCCGUUCAAACAUCGCAUCCAGCCUUGGACUCUCCUUCGAUCCAUAUGAUUACUCCCCCCUCCCUGCAAGAAUACUCGUCACUGGCGCAGCUGCCAACUUCCCCUCCGUUGCAAAUCUUGCAGGCGAUGUGUUCAAUGCACCCGUAUUCAUGCCCAGUACCCAGGUUGAUUCUGCUCAAGUAGUACCCCACCGCAACGCACCUGCUGCUGGUUUCCCUGGCCGUGCAUCACUUGGGGGUGCUUAUUUCGCGCGGUGGAUAUGGGGAAAGGAACGUAGUUCUGCUAUUGGUGGAUCAAGUACCGGUCGAGGACUCGGCGGAUUUGAGGAGGAGAUUAGGAGGUUACAUGGAAAACGCUGGGUCGCAAGCAGUGGUACCCCGCUGCGGACCAAUGUGAAUACUCCUGUGGGUGGGAACGGAGGCAGUGGAGCCAACAGCGGUACUAGUACUCCCUACGGCCAUCGCUCGGGACUGGGUUCCACUGUAUUUGUCGAGGAAGAGGAAGAAGAAGUGGAGGAGAUGGAACGUGCAGGCGGUAUGCUCGCCUCCUCAGUGUUUGCAGGUGGCUUCGCAGACAGGGAUCUUGGCAGGGACAUCAGCCGCAUGAGAACGCUCACAGGUUCUACGCUUGAUACUGUGACGAGCAGUGGAUCUAUGGGGCCCUCGACUACAUUCACAACUCCCGAUCUUAAUUCGGGUGCAGGGAGUCCAGGUGGCGGAGUUGGAGCUGUUGUGCCGCAGACAACCACCCUGACUCCUGUAACUGCCUUACCUACUUCUGAUGCCGAGGCACAGAUUGGGUUGGCGAAGGUCGCUGAGGCAGACGUAGACGCGUUCAUGACGUACGCUGCUAUCGUGCCUGAGUAUUGUCGACUUGAGGGCAUGCUCUGCAAGUCCCUUGUAUGA